GACCAAUCAAUUGGUCACGAAUUCACGAUUGAUAAUACAAUGCUGAAUGGAAAAGCUGAAUGGUGCUGCAUACAAGUUCACGUCGGUGGAACUAUUUGACAAGAAAUAUGUCAAAUUCAUACUAAAUUUAGUGUUCUAAAGAGAACAGUGAAGAGAGGUUAAAUUUCAGUUCAGUGUUAUAUCAAAUUUUUCCAUAUUCGGAUUGAACACAGUAAAUUAUAUAGAAGUAACUUAGAAUUUGGAAAUUUCAGAGUAAUACUUUUUAAUAUCCUUCAGAUAUUGUUACGUACUGUUCUUUCAUUACAUAUAUAACAUAUAAUGAAUCCCUUAACAAAUGUAAAAAAUAUACAAAAACUUGGAGAACAAGAAUUAUAUGGUAACAGAAAAACAUCUUGGCAUAACCAAUACAAAGAUAGCGCUUGGAUUUUUGUUGGUGGUUUACCAUAUGAUUUAACAGAAGGUGACAUUAUAACCAUAUUUUCCCAGCAUGGAGAAGUGGUAAAUAUAAAUUUAAUUAGGGACAAAGAUACAGGGAAACAAAAAGGAUAUGGUUUUUUGUGUUACGAGGACCAAAGAAGUACUGUAUUAGCUGUUGAUAAUUUUAAUGGCAUUAAGAUUUUAGGUAGAACAAUACGAGUAGACCAUGUAGCAAACUAUAAAGCACCAAAAGAUUCAAAGAAUAUUGAUGAAGAGACUAAACGACUGAGAAAAGAAGGCUGUGCUCCAAAACAUUUUUAAUUAUUAAUAACAUCACUAUUUUUUAUGUGUAAUAAAGAAUCAUUGUUUCAUAUAAAUCAAAUUUGUAUAAAAUAUACAAGGUGUUUAACAAUAGGUAUUCAAACUUGGAGGAAUAAUUAUACAUAACAAAAUAAGGUCGAAAUCAAGAAUGAAAAAAUUGCAUUUGAAUUUGAAAACAAAUUUAAUCACUCCUCAAAGUGUUGAGCAUCUAUUAUAAAGUAGAAUAUAGGUAUCACAUAAAACCGAACAAAUAUAUUUAAAAAUAAAAUAUGUAUUUUAUGACUUGUA